GGAAGGAAGGCGCGCAGCGGCCGCGGCCAGCAUUUAAGAGCCAUGGAAAAACUGCUGAAAUCCGAACUGAAAACCACCGUACUGAAGGCAUUUGGGAGCUCGAGAGGAGGGUGCAUAAGCCAAGGGCAGAACUAUGAAACCGACCGCGGGCGAGUGUUCGUUAAAAUCAACAACAAGCCUCAGGCUAGGACAAUGUUUGAGGGUGAAAUGGCAAGCUUAAUAGCUAUUCAGCAAACCAACACUCUGCGGGUUCCCCAGCCCAUUAAAGUGAUAGAUCUUCCAGGAGGUGGAGCAGCAUUUGCCAUGGAGUACCUAAAAAUGAAGAGUCUCCGCAAAUAUUCUGCAAAACUUGGAGAGCAAGUAGCAGAUCUUCACCUUUACAACCAAAAACUUGGAGAAAAAAUAAAGAAAGAAGAAAACACAGUUGGGAAAGGUGCAGGCCAGACAGAACCUCAUCAUGUGGAUAAGUUUGGAUUCCACAUUGUCACCUGCUGUGGUUAUAUAGCUCAGGUGAAUGAAUGGCAAAGUGACUGGCCCACUUUCUUCAUACGUCACCGUCUCCAAGCCCAAAUUGAUUUGAUUGAGAGAGAUUAUGGAGACAGAGAAGCAAGGGAAUUGUGGUCUCAGUUAAAGCCAAAGAUUCCGGAGAUGUUUUGUGACCUGGAGAUAAUUCCUGCACUCCUACAUGGGGACCUGUGGGCAGGAAAUGUAGCUGAAGAUGACUCCGGUCCAAUUCUUUUUGACCCUGCUUGUUUCUACGGUCAUUCAGAAUUUGAACUUGCAAUUUCUAUGAUGUUUGGUGGCUUUAGCAGUUCUUUCUUCUCUGCUUACCACAGCAAAAUCCCUAAAGCUCCAGGCUUUGAAAAGCGCAACAAACUUUACCAGCUAUUUAACUAUAUUAACCACUGGAACCAUUUUGGGAAAGAAUACAGAGGGCCUACUAUUAAUGUUAUGCAAAAGCUUUUAAAGUAGCCCUCAAACAUGGUAAUCCCAAGUAAGUGAUCUCCUGUUUGAUGUUAGAACAACAUCAGCUACAAUGUUUUAAAGAUGGUGGGAAGUCACCUAAAAGUUACAAGAGGCAAGAGCUAAGGUGACAUUUGUACACAUUUAAUUCCUCACAAAAUGCUUGCAGUGGUUAUAUUUUUUUUGCAUUCUCUUAAUUGUCAACCAGCAUAAUUAAUGGCCACUUGGAUAAGGUAGGAAAACUGUGUGCGGUUUGUUGUUCCAGGGAGUGAACUCUGUAGCAAAAUGUACAAGCAGGAUAAAUGAGAGUUCCAGAAUAGUAGAUUUCAAAAACAGUAUUUGCAGAAAUGCAGUGGAGAAGAUCCAGUCUCUGUGCCAGUGGGUGUGAUGUUAUUCUCCUCCCUCUCCUCCCUCCUGCAUUCCUUACUCUGCUCAGGAGGGUCCCACAACUUUUAUUUUGUGGCGAUACAGGGGCGGAAGGGUGGGGGAGGGGAGAAUGAUGGAGUCAUUCCGUUUGCACAAAUGGAAGACUGUUGGGCAAGUGGGAUGUCACGACUGGAUAUCAACAAAGACUGCAAACCUGAGAGCCCAUGUAAACAUGUACACCAGCUUGUGUGGAUGUAACGACUCCCUCGCUCAAACGGUUUAAAAUACGUAACAA